CACUUUACUGAUAACCAAUGUACUAAUGUUAAACCGAUAUUUAAAUACAUUACAAUAAAAUUGACACAGUUUAUUUGUCAACAAUAUUAUAAGUUAACAGACGUUCUCAAACGUCAAACACAAACAUUUUCCUUUUAUCACAAACUAUUGCCAAAGUUUGUUCAAUUGUGUGAGUUUCGUGAAAUAAAGCGGCAAGAAUGAAAGAUUUGGUUGGCAAGUGGAAAUUGGACUGGGAUAGGAACGACAACUUUGAAGAGUACCUGAAAGCAGUAGGCCUAAACAUUCUGUUCAGAAAGGCAGGCAAGGCCGUGGUGCCGACGGAAGUCAUCGAGCAGGUGGACGAUGACACGUGGUCCUUGUACGUGACUGCGUCCGUGCGGCACAGCCACCUAAAGUUCCGGUUCGGAGAGGAGGUGCACGAGACCACCAUGGACGGCCGGAAGUGCGUGUCAACAUUCUCAGUGAACGAUGAUGGCGUGCUGGUGCAGUACCAGAGGUCGCUAAACCCCAGUGUACCGGACACGGUGAUCACGCGGAAGCGCUCCAGCAGCAACCUCUUUAUACAGGAAUACGAAGCAGUCGGAACAAAAGUGAAAUCCACACGAAAGUUCAUCCGUCUUGAAUCGUGAACCCGAUCGCAUGCAGCAACCGACCUCCUCCGCCCCGUCCCCCCCCCCCCCACCCCCACACACACAUUCAGUGAUCGCAUCUGCUGCUAAUAUUUCAACCUCCAUUUAGAGAUCAUUGUGAAACUGUGCAUAAUUAUGAACUAUAUAUGGAAAAGUACAUGUUCCCUUAUUCAUAUUUUUGACACUUUUUCAAUAGUGCUACUCGACUGUACAAGUUUUAAAAUUGUCUAUAGAGGUAUGCAUGUUCUUUGAUGACAAAUCUUAGAAAUCACACUUCUAGAUUUUGAUGAGGAUAUUGUUCAUACAAAGCAUUUGUUUUUGCAAAUAAAUACACUUGUAACA